CUUCCUCUGAAAUAUCAUGUGAGGCUCAUCCCAACAUGCUUCUUCUUAUUCUCUGUCAUGAUACAAGCUGACUCAACUCUUCAAAUAUGGACUACAGCAACACUACACAGACGGAACCAAAAAACAGCACGAAUGUCAGCAGCAUGUUCACACAUCUGGUUCUGCCUGUGCUCUACAGCAUCAUCUGCGCUUGUGCCUUCAUUCUCAACGGACUCGCUGCUUGGAUCUUCUUUAGGGUUCCCAGCUCCUCAGCCUUAGUAGUUUACCUAAAAAACAUGGUGGUGGCAGAUGUUCUGAUGUUGUUUACCUACCCGUGGCGUGUGGUGGGCGACCUUGGUUAUGGCGGCUUGCAGUUGAAGCUGAUAGUUUGCCGCUACACAGCUGUGCUUUUCUACCUCUGCAUGUACACAGGAAUAAUCUUCAUGAGCCUCAUCAGCUUUGAACGUUACUUCAAAAUCGUGCGCAGCACCUCUGGUGUGUCUUCUUUUCUGCAGCGUGUUCCAGUAGCAAAGGCUCUCGCGCUGCUAACUUGGGCCGUCAUGAUGUUCUUCAUGCUGCCGAACGCCAUAUUAAGCAACCAGCCAAUGCCUAAGGUUUUCUCCUGCAUGGAUCUCAAGAGCAACCUAGGUCAGCGCUGGCAUGAAAUUUCAGCCCACUUUAAUGUUGGAAUUUUCUGGGUGGCGUUUCUGCUUAUGGUGUUUUGCUACACUUCCAUCGCCUGUCACGUGUACCGCUCUUACAGACGCGUGCAGCGGGACAGCAGCGAGGCGGGACGGCGGUCAAAUCGAAGCAUCUUCAGCUUGCUGGCCGUGUUUGUCCUGUGCUUUGUUCCCUACCACAUUUGUCGCGUGCCCUACACACUCAGCCAAAGGCACAAGGAUGGUAUUAACGCCCACACCCGUUUCAUUCUCUUUCAGGUGAAAGAAGGUACUCUUUUCCUGACUGCCCUUAAUGUGUGUCUGGAUCCUGUCAUCUACUUUUUCAUGUGCAGGACAUUCAGAGAGUCACUUUUGCAGAAGAUGUCAUCAGUAAAACGUGAAAACAGGAGGCCUUCAAUAGGCACUGGGCUCAGUAUCAGCAAUCUGUAAAGAUUGAGCAAGAAAGUAAAACAAGCAUUAGCAAUUUGCAAGAUGGAAAAGAUAUUUAGAUUUUAAAACCCACAUACCUAGCUGUGGUUUUCUUGCAUGUGAAAAUGCAGAAUGAAGAGAUGGAAUGAUAGAAGGUCAAAACGACAUGGUGUUUUCCAGACAAAAACCCAGAGUCAACCACAACAUAACCAUUUACUGAAGAAAAGUCAGCCUUUAACUGGAGAGUUUAGCUAUAAAUAGAAAUUCUGACAUGACAUUUUCAACCUCAUCUCAAAUGUUGCAAAAGUGAGUUUUUGCAGUGAUGCAGUGAGAGCCAUUUUUGGUUACCUGAUGAACGUUUCAGUGAACAGUUCUAAAAAACAUUUUUUUGUUGUUUUUAAUGAAAUUAAAAACGUUUUGUAUUAUAAAGAACCUUUUGUGUAAUAUACACAUUCCAUGGAUGUUAAAGGUUCUUCAUAGGACCAUAGAUUUUGUGUACUUCCUUCUGUGGAAUAUAAAUGGUUAAACUUUGAAGACUAUUCAAGACAUUCUUUUUAAUACAUUAAACAUGAAUGAGAACUGAUGGUAUCUCCAAAAGGACAAAGAAGCUACAUUAAAUUAAGUCCAUAUGACUGUAAUGCAGUUCAAAACACAAGUCUUUAAUUCACAGAAAAUCUUUCUUUAAGUUCUAAAAAUAAAAUAUGGCCUCAUUACAAGAUGAUGGCAUCAUUAUAUGAGAUAAAUAUUUAGACAUGAGUAAUGAAAGAGCAUUUAGACAUGAUAUAUUUAGACAGUGCGGUUGAUUGUUUAUAGUUUGUUUCAGAGGAAGAGGGGAAGAUUAUGGUGAAUAACACCUUAUAUUAUAUGGAAAAGAGCUGCCAAAAUAAUUCUUUAAAAAUUCUGAUCAUAAAAAAUAUUAUAUAGGUUAGAAACAGUAUGACAUUUUGCUUGAUCUGUUCCUUUAAAUUUGCAUUGAACACAAUCCCACACACUUCACACUUCUGUUAUUUACAUGGUAAGCCUCAGAAGCACUGCAAAGAUUGUUUAUUUUCCCCCCACCACAAUGGUGGAUGCCUAUUGGCUCUAGAAAGACAGGAUGUGUUUAGAUAUCACACUUGAUGCAGAAACCAUUUCCAUGGGUUUUACCCUGCAAGGGGCCAUACAGACCAUAACUCUAGUGCUUUCACACACUCACAUUCUCCUUUCACAUACAUAUAUUUCUAUUUUUCAUACAUUCACCAUUCAGAUACAUGCAUUUCAAGUCUGUCACACACACACACAUAUAUAUAUAUAUAUAUAUUAUUUCUCUCUCUCUCUCUCUCUCUCUCUCUCUCUCUCACACACACACACACACACACACACACACACAAACAUAUGUUUACAAGCCUGCUUAAUCAAUUGCCAAAGAAGAAUGUCAAAAUUAUUCAGGAAAAUAAGAAUUUCUUAUCAAAGUGAUAAAAUGUUGUGUUGCAAAAAUGAGUACACCCUCUUGAAAGUUACUAAAUAAAACAAACAAACACAUAAACUAAUAAUAAUAAUACUAAUAACAAAAAAAUGUGUAGGUUUAAGGCAGUUUUUUGAUUGACAGGUAAAUAUAUUAAACCAAAACAUUUAAAGACAAAUAAUUAAAAAUGUUAUGUAGCCUACUGAAUCAUACUCAGACUUAAUGCUGGCAACAAUGGAACCACUUUGAAAAGAACUGCCAGGAGGUUUAUUUCUUAGCAUAAAAGUGGACAAUGGCACUAGAGGAAGCAUAAAAAUAUAGCAGAAGUAACACCGACAUUCAAAAACCAUAUACAAGGCUUGUGAAAUGAUCAGUUCUUCACUUUAAGUUUUCAUUUAGUGAUGAAUGAAUUUUUGUUAGAAAAACAGCUGAAGAAAUACCAUGCAAGGGUCUCAGAGCCAGCAACAGCUAUGAAAAGAGUGACACUUUAUCUCACAGAGUAUGAAGCAGCCUGCAGAAGUGACAUGCAUGGUUGUUGUCACCACUAGAAUUACCUACUGUAGCCAAAGCACAAUAAACUCAUUUAACCUCUUCCAAGGCCCAUAUUUACAAAAUAUAGACUUCCAAUUAUUUUACAUCCCAAAUGUUCUGGUGUUGCUAGAGGAGGAGUACAGUGAGAAGUGCCUGGUUCCCACAGUGGCGUUCAGUGAUAGUAAAGUUCUUCUAUAGGGAUGUAUGAGAGCUGAAGGUGUGAGGGAGCUGUGCUUUAUCAAUGCUGUGAUGAAUUCACACACCACUGUGUGAUAUAAUACAAAAAUGAAACGAAAACUCAAAACUUCACUUAACUAAAUGAGAACAUGCGACAGAUGAUUCUAAACAAGCGUGCAAAGCUUUAUGGAGAUCAGACUAUAGGUAGUGCUAUUACAGUUAAAAAACCUAAAAAAUGUGUUUCCUUACUAAACUGCCUGUAUUUGCUGUAAAAGGUCUUUGCCAUUACAUUCUUUUCAUUUGCAUUCUUGCUAAAUAAAACAUAAUCAGCAACCUAUAUCUCAAAGCUAUGACAAAGUUAUCCUGCUCAUUUUCUCUCUUAAUCAAAGGAAAAUUUCUGAAGAAAAUUCAGCAUAUUUAAUUUUUCUUUUCGUAAUUUAAAAUGCCAUUUAGUAUUUAGGUGCUAAUAUACAACAUUUUAUGUACAAGAAGUAAAUUGUGUUUUUGUGAAGACCUCUGAAUGGUGUAAAAUGAGAUGAA